GGUAGCUGGGAAUUAGCCGCAUGAAUGCUAAGGAAGUGUUGUGGCCAAGGGACCCAGGAGAAUGAGCCGACACAGAAGCGGGUGGCUACAACCUCCACUGUUCAUCUAAAUGAUGCUAACUUAAACAUCCCAUGUCGGUUCGCCGUUGUUCACACCUGUUGUGUGAAGGUGAACCAUGGAUUUCCUCACCCUCUUCGCCGUCUAUGUUGUGGUGAUCCUGACGUGUAUCGCUCUGGUUUGCAAGUACUCGGGCCAGCAACAAACGCCUUUUGGUGUAAUAUUCAACUGUAUUUCAAGGGUAACCGCACCAUUUGUACCAGUAUGGCUUCAAAGGUUGUCGCAGAGAAGUUUGCAUGGUCUCUUCCAUCAAAGGAACCGCACCUUCAUCUACCUCCAUCUGCUGUUGGAGCUGUUGGCCUACGGAGAGUUUAGCUAUGAGGUGUUUGGCUUCUGCAGGGAUAUGGACACCACUCUCACUAGCCUGUCAGUGCCUUACAUCCUGCUGGCUGUGAAGACCUACUUGUUCUACCUUUGCAUCACCACUGAUCCAGGCACAGUCACGCAGGCCAAGAUGUCUGGCCAGCUCUCCAUCUACCCUUAUGACCGAAGGAUGUUCCACCCUGGGGUGCCUUGUCCAACCUGCCAACUGGUCAAACCGGCUCGCUCCAAACACUGCAGAGUGUGCGACAGGUGCGUCCAGCGCUUUGACCACCACUGCAUCUGGGUGAACAACUGCUUGGGGGCCCGCAACACGCGCUACUUCAUCCUCUACCUGAUGAGCGUGUGCGCCAUGGCGGGGAGCAUGGCGCUGCUGACGGGUGACAUGCUUCUCCACGCCGUGCUCCGCUCGGGGCUCCUGAGGUCGUCCUACAUGGACGGGCAGGGCCAGCGGCAGCAGGCGGGGCCCCUGUUUGUCUUCCAGCAUCUAUUCCUCACCUUCCCCCGAAUCGUCUUCAUGCUGGGCUUCCUGGUGUUUGUGUGUCUCCUGCUGGCCGGCUACGCCCUGUUCCACUGCUACCUGGCCCUGGUCAACCAGACCUCCAACGAGUGGUACAAGGGCAGAGGCAUGGUGUGCCAACACUGCCACCCCAACAAUCCGGCCACCUCAGCAGACAGCCACUGUGGCCCCGCCCCCGACCGUUCUAGAAGACACUUCUACAGUCGAGGCAUGUGGAGGAAUCUAGGGGAGAUCUUCUUCCCUCUCUGUCCUGUGCAUAAGAAAGACAAUUGAGGCAAUGGUCAUUUGGACACUGCUUUGCAGUGUGUUCAAGUUGUGUUUUAUAGUUUUUCGAAUUUGACACCUAAGGGAUGUGGAUAUUUAAAUAAAGGUGCUUUUAUAAACAAAAA